AUGGGAAGCAAAAGUUUGCUUAGUGCAAUGUGUAAUGAAACCGUUGACGUUUCCAUUUCGACGUCUUCUGAAAAAUCCAAUCGAACAUUCAAUGUUGAAGACGAAGUUGAACAAAAGAAUUUAUUUCCAUCUGCUAUGUAUGCACAUUUUUGUCAUUCGGAGAUCGAGUUUACUGAUGAAGACAAACAGUCAAAACGAUUAACUCAAUAUUAUCCACAAACUCACCAAUUUAACGUUAUGAAUGUGGCACGCAUAACGCCACCAUCAAAAACACCAUUUACAUUAAACUCUCCACUUGUCUUUCCAAGUCAACAAAUUUAUAGUGGGCAACAUUUUAGCAAUUUACAUGAAGAAUAUCUCAAUUCAGAAUAUCGAUUAAAUCGUGAAGUGUGGACACAGGAAGCCACGGUUAUCGAGGAUUCUUCGCUUAUGCCAAUGACUGGAUUUUCAUCUCAAGAAAAGUGA